GUAGGAUGUCAAAACUUAUUCUAAUAUUUUUUUAAAAUAAAGUUAAUUAAACAGAAAAAGAAAUAAAAUAGAUAAUAGAGAGAGAAGUGGAGAAGUCGACAAAUGCUAAAACUUUACCCAGAUUUAGACUUCUCCCAAAAUUAAAUACACAUUUUGACUUCUCAAUAGAACUGCAAGUUUUUGAAUCAACUAAUAUAGAUCCAAUUGCAAGUCGUGAGGCUUCUGAGUAUGUUUUAGGUGGAAGCAAUGAAGGUAGAAUGGGUUUUGGAGUUGCUGGUACUUCACAAGAUCAUCACGAUGAUGGUGGUGGCCAGAGCCGAAGGAUUGAUUGUGAAAAUGGUCUCAUUUUGGGGGCCCAGAGAAAUGAUUUUGGGUCUGUUGUUGGCUUUAACUUGAUCCCUCCAUCUGUGGUCAAUGAAGUCCAUGACCCUUCUGCUCGAGUCGAAGUUGAAGAAGAGUCCCAUGCUUUUCAAGAGAUUUUACUCUUGGCUAAUAUAGAAGAUGGGUUCAUUUUUGAAGAAGAUGAGUAUGCACCAUAUGUACAAGAAGAGAGACAAAUGGAUAUGCCACAAGAUCCAAGUAGAUGGUGGGCAUAUGUCACUUCGUUAUGCAUCCAAGGGGUUGACGAGAAUGAAGAUGCUUACAUAUCUGAUAGUGAUGUCAAUAGUUUAUGUAGUGAUGAGGAUGAGUGUGACCGAAAGAGGAGCAAGAAAGAGUACAAUCCAAGGACUGUAGAAUUCAUCACAUUCAAAUUCUGUUUGGGGAUGGAAUUUGCCACUGUUGAGCAACUCAGACAUGCUCUAAAAGAGUACUUUAUUAGCAAUGAUAGGGAGUUUGUGUAUGUCAUGAAUGAUCAGUUAAGAGUUCGAGCAAAGUAUAGAGGCAAAGGUUGUCCAUGGGUGUUAUAUGCAAGACAACAAAAAGGUGUGGACAACAAGAGUUUUAGAGUUAACACUCUAGUUGAUCGACAUGAAUGUGGCAUUGUUUUCAACAACAGGCUUGUGGAUUCCACAUGGUUAGGGAAUCAUUUUUUUAGAGCAAUUUCGUAUGAAUUCCAGCAUGAGUUUCAAAUGUUUUAAAGAGAUGACUUCGAAGGGUAAAUAUGCAAAUACAACCAGUGAUGCAUUCUACAGAGCAAAGAAAGUUGCUACAGAAAUUCUUGAAGGGUCUGUGAAGGAGCAAUAUGCAAUUCUAGAAGAUUACUGUAACCAGAUUCGAGCAACUAACCCUGGUUCUACUGCUAUACUGAAAACUAGGAUAGAAGGGGACAAGCGAUACUUUGAAAGAGUUUAUAUUUGUCUACAGGCAUGCAAAGAAGGAUUCAACAGAGGAUGUAGGCCAUUGAUUGGUGUAGAUGGUUGCUUUCUUAAAGGCUAUUGCAAGGGCAUGUUGUUAGCAGCAAUUGGAAUUGAUGCAGUCAAUGCAAUGUUCCCAAUUGCUUAUGCUGUAGUGGAGAAGGAGAACAAAUCAAGUUGGACUUGGUUCCUUGAAUUAGUGAAAGAGGAUUUACAGAUCCAGAAUCCACAAAGCUUUUGUAUGCUAAGUGACAGGCAAAAAGGCCUUGAAAAAGCUUUGGAGAAGUUAUUUGAAGGUGCUGAAAUUAGAUUUUGUGUUAGGCAUUUACAUGCCAACUUCAAGAAAGAUUACCCUGGUUUGCUACUUAAGCAAAUGUUGUGGGCAGCAGCAAGGGCCACCACCAAAGAAGAAUGGCGAAGGAGAAUGUAUGACUUCAAACAAAUCAGCGAGCCUGCAUACACUUGGUUGUCCAAUAAGGCACCUACAGAGUGGACUAAGUCCCACUUCAAGGAGCAUGUGAAGUGUGAUAUGCUUUGCAAUAAUCUCUGUGAGAGCUUCAAUGCAGCAAUAAUAGGCGCUAGGGACAAGACUAUUAUAAUCUUGUUGGAGAAAAUAAGGUAUUGGCUCAUGCGCAGAUUUUGUACCAAGAGGGAAAGUGUUAAAAAGUGGGUGCAUCCGGUUGGCAAGAGGAUCUUGGACAUUAUUGAGAAGAACAAAAAAGUGGCAAGGCAUUGUCUCCCAACCAUGUCCACCUUAACUACAUUUGAGGUAAAUUUCAUGAACAUUGAAGUCUUUGUUGUAGAUUUGUACAAGCGAACUUGCGCAUGUAGGAGUUUCCAAUUGAAUGGCAUACCUUGUGGUCAUGCACUAGCAUGUAUUUGGUUUAGCAACCUAGAUGUCAUGAAUUUCAUAGAUGAUUUCUACAAGAAGGUUGCAUUUGAAGCAACCUAUUCAGGAGCAAUUCAACCAAUGUCAAGUCCUGAUAAAUGGUCUAUGACUACUCAGAAUCCUAUAUUACCACCCCCAGAAACUUCAAUGCCAGGAAGACCCAAAAAAUCUAGGAGAAGAGAGGUGGAUGAACCACCCCCCGGUGCCACUAAAGCAAGGAGAUUUGGAAAGGCGAACACAUGUAGCAAUUGCAAGCAGCCUGGGCAUACAAUGCCAACUUGUAAAAAUGCAAAAGUUGCUACUGAGCACUUGACAUACAAGAAACCGGGGCGUCCGAAGAAGAAGAAUCCCAAGCCAGAGUCAGUUAAAAGAAGGGAAAGGGAAAAUAGGCAGAAAGCAAGAGCUAAUGGCCAGUAUUUAUAGGCCAAAAUUAUGUCUUUUGAAGAAUGGCAAGAAACAUCUAUUUUGUAUAGGCCAAAAUAUCUAUAUCUUUUGUACAGGGCAAAAAAAUCUAUCUUUUGCCAUAACAUAAAUCUAUCUCUUUUGUAGAGGCUAGAUAAAUCUUUUGUAUAGGCCAGAUAAAUCUAUCUCUUUUGUAUAGGCCAUAACAUACAUCUCUUUUGUAUAGGCCAUAACAUAUUUUGUCUUUUAUGUUGAAUGAUGAAUCUACAAAUCUACAAUUUUAAGUUUA